GGGAGUCAUGACCUUCCCCUUCAAAAAGAAGGUCAUGCUCAAAUCAACUCGGAGUUCCUCGUUGGGUGGGUGAGAUCCAUGUCCCCUUUGAAACGAAAGUUCGUAGAUCCCCGUGCGCACGUUUUUACCCGAACAUCCAUUGGACCCAGCAGAGUACAAGAUAGAGCCCAUUUAACUAUUUGCCAUCUCACUCUGAGACUGCAAUUUGCACUAGUGAAUAAACUCUUUCAUGCCACAGAAAGUGUGAACCCUAAAGCGUACCCACUGGCUAAUGCGCAACUCACCAUAACAAUUCUGGAUUUGGUUCAGCAAGCUGCCAACUUUAAGCAGCUCAAAAAGGGUGCAAAUGAAGCGACAAAGACAUUAAACAGGGGAAUUUCUGAGUUUGUUGUCAUGGCUGCUGAUGCCGAGCCACUCGAAAUUCUUCUUCACCUUCCGCUACUAGCCGAAGAUAAGAUUCUUAAGGUUUUCUUGAGCUUUUUCCACAUUACAUACAUCAACAAGCGUUUGAGUAGAUGAAACAUUUCUACUAUCUGCUAGCUUGUUCAUUCCCAUAUAAAAACGCUAAUCACAAAUAAGACAUGUCAUUACAUAAUCAUAUCAUCUGAUAAUUUAUGAUGCAUAAUUGGAAAUAUAUUGUUGCAUACCUU